AUGCACGAAGAGCUCGCGGUCGACGAGAAGGAUCUGCAGUUCGCCAUGGGCUUCUGUACGAGGGCGGAGCAGGAAUCAGGCUUCCCUGUUCUCGCGAAAUAUACCGAGAAGCAAAAAGCGGUAAAGCACAAAAGACUCAUCGAUCUGAAGAACGCCCGCAACAUGUUCGUCGAAGCGGUAGUCGCCGCCAAGAUCAAAGCCAUGGAGCUCGGAGAAGAAGACAGCAAUGAGGCUAAAUGUCUCCCAGGUUGGGCCGACAUUGACGAGACAGACACACAAAGCGCAAGGUUCUCUCAGCAAAUGAUGAUCUGGCUCAUGGAGACGGGACCAGAGAAGCUGGCCCUGCUGGCGAUGACAGGGUCCGGUUCAGCCCACAGCGAAGCCCAUGAUCAAGUGAACAUGUCCGAUGUAGCCAACGACGAUGUAGCCGAAUUCAUCCAGGAAAAAGAAGAAGAGCAGGAGCGGAAGGAUGAGCAGGCUGCAAUUGCAUCAUUCAUUCAGGAAAAGAAGACCGACAAGACCAAGAAGAGGACAAAGCACCAGAUUACCUCGAUCGCGUGGCCAAGAUGA